AUGGAGGAUGAUGAUUUCCUUCCGACAACGGCGCCGACCACAAAUGCGAAGAAAGAUAGCUCAGAUGCGAGCGUUUUUGGGAAGGGUCAGUACAAGUUCUGGGCGUUGGCAGCGAUUCUGCUCCUUACUUUCUGGUCUAUGUUCACCGGCACCUUUACUCUCCGGUGGUCCGCCAGCAACCUCAACCAUAUUUCCGACGACUUCGACUCCCACAUCCACGACGAUCUCGAUGUUCUGGAAAUGGAGGAGAGGGAGAAGGUGGUGAAGCACAUGUGGGAUGUGUACACCAACAGCCGACGGGGAAGAUUGCCGAGAUUCUGGCAGGAGGCAUUCGAGGCUGCGUACGAGGACUUGGCGAAUGACGACCCUGAUGUUCGAGUGGAUUUUUUUCAUGCAAAAUCCGGUGCAAACUAUAUGUCCAAAGAGGCUGAUCGGAUCUCCAAAACCCUAGCCUAG